GGCUCGGCCUGAGGGAAAAGAGAGCAGGGGUGGGGCCUGCGAGGCGGAUUUGGGGCCGCCCGAACUGGUGGAGGGUCGCCGCGAGGGGACGCGGGAGUUCUGCGAGGGAAUUUGGGGUCGUCUGAGAGGCUGGGAGGUCACCGCGAGGCCUUACGGGGGUUCUGUGAGGGCGUUUGGGACCGUCUCAGUGAGGAAGUCGAGCAGGGCCAAGGAGAAGAAGCAGCGGCGGCUGGAGGAGCGCGCGGCCAUGGCAGCCGUCUGUGCCAAGGUGGAGGCUGCCAACAAACUCCGGGAUCCCCUCGAGGCCUUCCCGGUGUUCAAAAAGUACGACAGGAAUGGGCUGAACGUGUCCAUCGAGUGUUGCCGUGUGUCCGGCCUGGAGCCAUCCACCCUGGACUGGGCCUUUGAGCUGACCAAGGCCAACAUGCAGAGCCUGUACGAGCAGAGCGAGUGGGGCUGGAAGGAGCGGGAGAAGCGGGCGGAGCUGCGGGACGAGCGCGCCUGGUACCUGCUGGCCCGCGAGCCCGGGGCCCGCCCCGUGGCCUUCUCGCACUUCCGCUUCGACGUCGAGUGCGGCGACGAGGUGCUCUACUGCUACGAGGUGCAGCUGGAGAGCCGCGUGCGGCGCCGGGGGCUGGGCAAGUUCCUGCUGCAGAUCCUGCAGCUCGUGGCCAACAGCACGCAGAUGAAGAAGGUGAUGCUGACGGUGUUCAAACACAACCACGGAGCGCUGCAGUUCUUCCGAGAGGCCCUGCAGUUCGAGGUGGACGCCUCCUCUCCCGGCGCCUCCGGCUGCUGCGGGGACGAUUCCUCCUACGAGAUCCUGAGCCGCAGCACCCGCUUUGGGGACCCCCACCCCGGGGGGGGCCCCUGCGCCGGCUGCUGCCACUGAGACCCCCCUGAGACCCCCCUGAGCCCCCCAGAGACCCCCGGGGUUCUGGGGGCCAAGGGGAGUUUUGGGGGUUUUUUUUUUUUGGGAUUUUUUUUUGAUUUUUCGUUGUUUUUUUUUUCAGCCGUUUUGUUUGUAUGGGAUAAAUAAAUAAAUAAAUAAUAAUGAGGAAGGUUUAAUUAUGGCUAAUAUGGGGGCGGGGCUAUGCUAAUGAGAGGCAUGGUCUAGGCGAAGUGUUAUGACUAAGUAUGUUAAUAUGGGGCGGGGUUGUGCUAAUGGAAGGCGUGGUCCAUAUAUGAAACAUUAUUAUGGCUCAAUUAUGUUAAUGAGGGGGCGGAGCCAUGCUAAUGAGAGGGCUAACCUAUGUCCUGCCAAUGUUAUGAUUGAUUUAUGUUAAUGAGGGGGCGGAGCUAUGCUAACGAGAGGGCUGACCUAUGUGCUGCCAACGUAUAUGAUUGGAUUAUGUUAAUGAGGGGCGGAGCUAUGCUAAUGAACGGCGCAGUCCAUAAGAGCGCUGCUGUUUAUGUUAAUGAAGGGCGUGGUUAAGCGGGGGGCGGGCUCAAAAGCGUUAAAGUCGCGCGCCGGAAGUGACGUCAGAGAGCAGCGCCGCCGCCGCCGCCAUGAUGCCGCCGGUCGCCCUCACCGCCCGCUCCCUCCUGCGCUCCGCGGCCCGGCCGGGCCCGGCCCCGCGCUGGCUCCGCUCGGGGCCCGCGCAGAGCCCCGUGAGCACCGGGGACACCGUGCUGGGCUUGGCCGCCGUGUUCGUCUCCUUCUUCGUCCCCGCCGCCUGGGUGCUCGGCCACAUCCAGGACUACAAGAAACGCGAGGAGUGAACCGGGCCCGCCGCACCGGGACCAGCACCGGGACCAGCACCGGGACCAGCACCGGGACCAGCGCCGGGACCACCGGGAGGCGACGCCCCCGCCAUGGGACCCCCCUCCAUUCCCCCCCUCCCCAAUAAAGGCCGCGGAUUCCUCCUGA